GUGUGGUUGCUGGCGUGCGCCCGUUGUUUCCCCACCCCGCCCUACUGGAAGACAGCCAGGGAGAUGCUGGCUAACUGGAGACACCACCCGCCCGUGGUGGAGCAGUGGAGCAGGGUGACCUGCGCUCUCACCUCCAGGUUGUUGAGGUUCACCCACGGCACCACGUUCCCUCCUUUCAAAGUCCCUGAUGAGGACGCCAACCUGAUCCCUGUGGAGAUGGACAACGACUGUGUGGCCCAGACCUGGUACCGCUUCCUCCACAUGCUCAGCAACCCUGUGGACCUGAGCAACCCCACGGUGGUGAGCACCACGCCCAAGUUCCAGGAGCAGUUCCUCAACUCCAGCAGUAUCCCCCACGAGGUGGUUCUGCACCCCUGCCUGAAGCAGCUGCCCCAGAUCUUCUUCAGGGCCAUGAGAGGCAUCAGCUGCCUGGUGGACGCCUUCCUGGGUGUCUCUGUAAAGAGAGCAGUACAGGUUCGCAAGGCGGUGGUCAGUCAGGGCAUCUCUCGGCCCCGAGCUGACAGUGCCCCCCCCACGCCCGUCAACAGGCUGAGCAUGUCCUCGCCUCCCUCGGUCAACAACACCACGCCCCCUCACAGCCGAAAGCAGAGACACACCGUGGUCACCAAAACCUACAGCAAAAGUUCCACUGGGAGUGUCUCCCAGCCGAAUAAAGUGUCCCAGCAGCCUUCCUCCUCCCCCACCCUGCUCUCCAGCCCCAAUCAGAGCAGCUGGGAAUCCAGGCCACUCCCUGCCCCGGCUCGGGCCAAGGUCAACAGCAUCCUCAACCUGUUCGGCCAAUGGCUGUUUGAUGCUUCUCUGGUGCACUGCAAGCUGCACAGCGGCCUCAGUAGAGACCCUAGCAUGACUGCCGUAGCCACCCAGGUGGGUCUGGAGCUGAGGAGGAAGGGUUCUCACAUGUCCGCAGACUCCAUGGUGUCCAACCCCUUGUUCGACGCCAACGAGUUCCCUGAGAGCUACGAGUCCGGCCGGGCGGAGGCCUGUGGGACUCUCUGUCGCAUCUUCUGCAGCAAGAAGACCGGAGAGGACAUCCUUCCUGUCUACCUGUCCAGGUUCUACAUGGUUCUGAUCCAGGGCCUCCAGAUUUCAGACUUCAUCUGCCGGCCGGUGCUGGCCUGCAUCAUCCUCAACUCAGCCGGCCUGUUAUGCUCCGACCUGAAGGGCGUCAACGUGGUGGUCCCGUACUUCAUCUCCGCUCUGGAGACCAUCCUCCCCGACAGGGAGCUGUCCAAGUUCAAGGUGUACGUGAACCCCACAGACCUGAGGAGGGCUUCGAUACACAUCCUCCUGUCCAUGCUGCCCCUGCCUCACCACUUCGGCAACAUUAAGUCAGAGGUUCUGCUGGAGGGGAAGUUCGGCGAGGAUGACGGCUCGCCUCACGACCAGCCUGUUUCUUUCCUGUCGCUCAGACUGCGUCUGGUCAAUGUCCUCAUAGGGGCUCUGCAGACGGAGACCGACCCCAACAACACCCAGCUCAUCCUAGGUGCAAUGCUCAACAUUGUGCAAGACUCUGCACUUCUGGAGGCCAUAGGAACACAGACUGAAACAGGCAGCGUUGACGGGAGCCACACAGGGCUGAGGAGUAACAGCCACAGCCGGACUAACAGUAGCAUCAGCUUCACCAGCGGGGGCAGCGCUGAGCCCACCAGCCCUGACUCAGAACGCCCGGGUCAGGCCCUGCUCCGAGACUACGCUCUUCCAGAUACGGCGGCGGGGCUGCUGGUGCGCAGCAUCCACCUGGUGACCCAGAGACUCAGUGCCCAGUGGAGGGCUGAGAUGAGCAUCUCCCUGGCCGCCCUGGAGCUGUUGGCUGGCCUGGCUAAGGUGAAGGCGUGCGUCGACACGGCGGAGCGCAAGCGUGCGGUCAGCUGCGUGUGCGGCUACAUCGUGUUCCAGUGCAGCCGCCCCGCCCCCCUCCACUCCAGGGACCUCCACUCCAUGAUCGUGGCUGCCUUCCAGUGCCUGUGUGUGUGGCUGACUGAGCACCCAGACAUGCUGGAUGAGAAGGACUGUCUGAUGGAGGUGCUGGAGAUCGUGGAGCUGGGGAUCUCAGGCAGCAAGUCCAGACACGACCAGGAAGUGAGACACAAGGGGGAGAAGGAGCAUAACCCCGCCUCCAAGAGGGUGAAGGAUGCCGCAGAGGCCACACUGUCCUGCAUCAUGCAGGUCCUGGGGGCGUUCCCAUCCGCCAGCGGCCCCGCCUCCACCUGUAGCCUGCUGAACGAGGACACUCUGAUUGGCUAUGCCAGACUUAGUUCCACAGGGGCUAGCAACUUCCGCUACUUUGUCCUGGACAACUCUGUCAUCCUAGCCAUGCUGGAGCAGCCGCUGGGCAAUGAGCAGAACCCCAGUCCGUCCGUGACGGUUCUGAUCCGAGGGAUGGCGGGCAGACACGCCUGGACUAUGCAGCUCUUCCACCAGCCCAGAGGAGCCCGGGCCAACCAGAGGCAGGUGUUUGUGCCUGAAGGUCGGCCCACGCCCAACAAUGACGUAGGCAUCAAGUACACCGUCAAGCAGAGGCCCUUCCCCGAAGAAGUGGACAAGAUCCCUCUGGUCAAGGCUGAUGUCAGCAUCCCUGAUCUGGACGACAUCGUCAACAAGGAGCUGGAGGUGCAGCACGACAAGCUAAGCAGCGUGAUGAACAAACAGAUAGAGUACGAGAGCUCCCUCGAGCGCCAUGGCGACGACCUCUGGAGGUCGAAGCCUUUCCCGGACCCCCAGACCGACUGCAAACCCCCCUCACCUGCUCAGGAGUUCCAGACAGCUCGGCUCUUCCUCUCACAUUUUGGCUUCCUGUCUCUAGAGGCACUGAAGGAACCCGGCAACAGUCAACUACCUCCUCAUCUGAUUGGACUGGACUCCUCACUGCCAGGUUUCUUCGAGGACAUCGCCUACCUGGACCUGUUACCAUGCCGACCUUUUGACACCGUCUUUGUAUUCUACAUGAGGGCGGGGCAGAAAAGCAGUCAGGAGAUCCUGAGGAACGUGGAGUCGUCGUCCAGUGUCCAGCCCAACUUCCUGGAGUUUCUUCUGUCGCUAGGCUGGCCCGUGGAUGUGGCCAGUCAUCCAGGCUGGACCGGACACCUGGACACCAGCUGGACCCUCAACUCCUGCUCUGAUGGCCACGACGACCAACAGACAGAGGAGGAGUCCACACCACAGGACACGGGCGGCUCUGUGUUUAACGGGGAGAAGAAGGUGUUGUACUACGCUGACGCUCUGACCGAGAUCGCCUUCGUCGUCCCGUCUCUGACAGACUCCUCAGAAGAGUGCUCGGUGCACAGUGACUCCACAGUGGAGCCAGACACCAACAUGGACGCCCUGCCUAACUUACUGAAGCAACCCAAUCUGACUCUGGAGCUGUUCCCCAAUCACUCUGACAACCUGGAGACGGCCAAGAAGCUCAGUCCCGUGGUGAAGACUAAGAGAGCCUCAACAGGAAGGGCUGUCCCUCCCCUGGGGCCCCCUCCCCUGGGGCCAGAGACCAAGGUGUUGGUCGUUUGGGUGGAGCGCUUCGAUGACAUCGACAACUUCCCUCUUUCAGAUCUUAUGGCAGAAACGACCACAGGGUUGGAGACGAGCGCCGGCAACAGCACUUCCUGCCGGUCAGGGUUGGAGAAGGACAUCCCCCUGAUCUUCAUCCACCCUUUGAAGACGGGCCUGUUCAGGAUUAGACUCCAUGGAGCCGUGGGCAAGUUCAGCAUGGCCGUCCCAUUGGUGGACGGGAUGGUGGUUGGCCGCAGGGUACUAGGGUUCCUGGUGCGUCAGACAGUCAUCAACGUGUGCCGGCGAAGGCGUCUGGAGAGCGACUCGUACAACCCUCCCCACGUCAGGCGAAAGCAGAAGAUCACAGAGGUCGUCCACCGCUACCGAAACAAGCAGCUGGAGCCAGAGUUCUACACUUCUCUGUUCCAAGAGGUGGGAGUGGGGAGGCCUCACCUUUGACCCCUCUGUAAAGACACACCUGUAUGCAGACACACACACACCACAUACACACACAAACACACAGAACCGCACACAUGCACUCACAGAUUGUCUAUAUUUUUACUGUAGUUUGUAAUUUAUAUCAACACUUGUCUGCCAUUUACCAAGGGCAAAGUGUCACAAAAACAAGAAGUAAAAAAAAAAUGCAAAGGAUAGAUUUAUACACACCGGAGCCUAACUUGGAAUGGCCCUGUCAGUUAAUAAGCUUUGGGUAGAGGACUCUGCCACACACGGUACUGAGUCCACGCUUUGUGGCAACAGUUUCUGCCUUUCUUUGAAUGCAAUAGAGUAGCCUAUGCCUUUCUGAAGUUACUUUUAAGAUGUGCUGUUGGCCUUGAAAUCCUCCAUCUUGCAGUGUGUGAUGACAGUACUUUAAUGUAUGCUGAUUUGCCUAAAGUAUCAGGUUUGUUUUCUGUGGAGGUAACAUACACAGACAGGCAUUUGUUUAAAAGAAAGAAAAAACUGAGAUGGAAUUUGAUAUUUGUUUCUGUUGAACCUCUGGGAAGAUUUGGAGCUAGUCUUCCCUGCUGUUGAGUUGCCCCAUCCUGUGGAGCAUGAUCUUUCAGUCACUCUUAAUGUACUUGGGCCUAAACUCAAGACCUAAAGUCUAGGUUGCAAUCUGUUCACCACUGUUUUGGUAGAAACUUUGAUUUCGUUAUGACCAUUUGAUGUAUGUCCAAGGAUAACCCCCACAGAUACAUUACUUUUUAAAGGAUUUUAAUCAGGUUUUAUGCUUUUCAAGAUGUUAAAUUAUUUGAAUUUAUGGUUUAUAUUGCACUGUAUGUGAGUGGAGACUUUUGCACCCGAGAUGUGAUUCUACUCCUGUCUACUCGACACACUGUCUCACAGUCAGGGGUUGUAUCUGUAUCAAGCGUGCUCAGUGCCAGUCAUAGCCUCAGUUGUAGUCUAUAGAAAAAACAGACCAUAGGAAAUAAUCCUUCUCUCUUAGUACUGAGUCAUCUCACAAGAUCACCUCACCUUUUCACCAUUCCAUAUUAUAAGGGCGGUAACUUGACAACAAAGUUUGCUUUCUCUUUAGUUUACUUUACCAGUGAUAUUAAUGGAGGUUGAUAUACAGACCAAAAGAUAUCAUGAGAUUCCCUUUUCAAAAUAACUUAUCUAUACAAUCAUGGUUACUCCUGUUUACUUUGACUAGUUUGUUUACCUUGUUUUGUUUACUUACUGUACUAUUGUUCCAGUGCAAACCCUUAACUGUCUGCCUGUAAUAAUGUGAACUUAUGGUCAUGAUUGAAGAGGAGACCUGCUGGCUUUUACAUAGUACUGUGGCUGAAGUCUUAAUGCACUGAGCUCACUUUUUUGGUUUACUUUCCUCCUCUUUGUCAUUUCACAUACCUUUUGUCUUUUUACAUUAGUUUGCAGUGCAAAAAAAAAAAAACCUUGAAAGAAGAGUUUAAUCUUGUGAAAUGUGAAUUGUCAGAAGGUUUACUCUAUCAGUUUCUAAAAUCGAGUUUAUGGAUCAUGUUCCCCGACUUGAUUUUAUGAAUUACCGUGCUUUUUUUGCACGUGCCUUUUAGUUAUGGAAAAUUAAAGCAAAUGAUGAAAUAUGAAUCAGAGCAGUUGUACACAAUCAGUCAUUCCUUAACUAAAUUACUCAUAUGCCGUUAGGUCAUAUUUAAGGUUUUAACUUGUAUAGAAAGAGGAGGUUAUGUGUACAUAAGACAUACGGUAUGAGUUGUCUGUUGCAUUCCUAGUUUGAAACGGCAAAAUAAUAUUUUAUGUAUGUAUGCAAUUCUAUGUGGGAGAAUUAAAGUGGGUAUUUAAUGUCAUAUUCAUUUAUUAAUACUCUCAAUGCUCAUUUAAUUUCUCCUUGUCCUUUCUGUUGAACUUUUGUUUACAGGGUGAAUUUGACCAAUAAAGUGAAUUUACACUUGUAA